GUGACCCACACUAGGAUUAUUCCCCACGCUCAUAGAUUGCAAUGUUGCAUCGCCCGCUUCUCUUUCAUGCAUUUCAAAUUCAAAGUUCUCAUCAUCGGCUUCCGUUUUUCUUUCAUUCAGACACGCUAACGGUCCAAAUCUUAUACUCUGCAACAGAGUUCCGAGUAGAAUUACACAACAUUCAAUCGGACGACAAUGGAAGGCGAAGAACCUCCAUUUCUCUCCCCGUCACCAUUUCCGUCUUCUUCUUCUUCUUCUUCUUCUCAUCUUCUCAAAGACAUCUCAAAUUUCAAGACCCCCAAACGCCCCUCCCAAGUUCCCAUUUUCAACUCCCCCUGCCCACAAUUCUUCACUGCCUCCAAACAAACACCUCACAUAUCUUCGUCUUUACGCCGCCACCGCCCUUCUCUUGCUCCACCCUCCUCCGCCUCGGCACGCUCCAAGGCCACGGCCCGCAGGCUCAAGGCCUUCGAGCUCGAGCAGUCCAAGUCCUCUCGCAGGGCUCUAAUCAAGAAAGAACACUCGCUGAAAUCCCUGGCCAAGUCGCUCACCGUCUGGCUCAACUUCCUGUUCGAGAACCCCGGAUCCUGCGGCUGUGAUUUAUCCAUCCGAGGCGAUGGGGAUCGUGCGGCCGCGAAGGGUAAGAGGGACAGUGGGCCUGGAAUCGAGGUUGGCGUCGAUGCCGCACGGCGGAGCCCCAAGAGGCAGAGGGAUUUGCUGUGGCGGGCCGGGGAGAAGUCCGUGUCCGAGUUUUCGGAUUCGAUGUUUUCAAAUUUACGUUGUUCUUUGAAAGAUGUGUGCAGCUUCGACGACUUGAAGCAGCGGAUGCGAGUUUAUUUGAGCCUGGGGAGUUGCAAGCAGAUUUUCGAAGUGAUGACUCAAGUGACCAAGAAUAUUGAUGAAGGGAGGUUGAAAAUGAAGGCACAUUGCCCUAUAGUAACAGAUUUUGGAUUGAAAGAGACGGCCACUAGAAUUCUCAUGAGUUAUAAUCCGAUAUGGCUUCGGAUUGGAUUGUACAUUGUAUUUGGUGGCGAUUCUUUGUUGUCCAAUGCAGAUGUUAAUUCCGAACAAGAAAUCGCAUUUUUGAAAAUGAUUAUAGAGAAGCAGUUCUUCUCGCAUGCGGGUCUUGCAAAGGCUUAUGCCUAUAACAAGAUGGUAGAAGGCCUAUAUAGACCUGGUUACUAUGAAACUCUUGGGAAUGUUAUAUUGAAGAGAUUUUUGCUGCUUGCUCUUAUCCUUGAUAAAGCUAAAUGUCAGAGUAGCCUUUCACUUAAGUACGGUAUCGAUGGAUUGGAUGGGGGCUCUCCGUUAUUGUUUAUGGUGCAAUCUGGUAUUAAAUCAAGCUAUCAAGUGGUCCAAGAUUUUCUUUCAUCGGAUGUAAUGCAUGGGGAGGGUAAACUUUUAGCACAUCUGCUGAUAUUGGGAUACAAGGUUACUUAUAAACAGAGUCCACUCAUUGAAUAUGACUUCAGAGUUACAGAUUUAUUCGUGGAACUCCAAGAUGGGGUGCGGCUCUGUAGAGCCAUUCAGCUCUUGCUGCAUGACUCUUCUAUCCUCACGAAAAUUGUUGUUCCAUCAGAUACUCGUAAGAAGAAUUUGGCAAAUUGUGGCAUUUCCCUGCAGUAUCUUAGGCAGGCUGGUGUGAUGCUCUGUGAUGAAGAUGGAAUGAUGAUUGUGGAAGACGAUGUCGUUCAGGGAGAUAAGGAACUUACUCUUUCCUUGCUGUGGAAUAUUUUUGUUCAUUUGCAGUUACCUCUUCUGAUCGACAAAGCAAUUCUAUUUGAAGAAAUUUGUAAAGUCCGUGGAGUUCACGAGGAGGACUCAGGCAGCCUCAACUUCACUCAUUUGGAAAUGCUUUUGAAUUGGGUUCAGGCCAUAUGUCAAAAUUAUGGUUUCAAGAUUGAGAAGAAUUCUUCAUUGGUUGAUGGAAAAGCCAUAUGGUGCUUGCUUGAUUAUUACUUCCGCAAGGAACUUCACUGUUCUUGUUCUUUAAAGGAUUGUCAAAAAGCAACUAGUAAGGAAUCAAUCAUGUCAGCUACUGAUUAUCCAGAUGCAGUGCACAAUUUUAUUUUAUCACAGAAACUGACAACAUUAUUGGGAAAUUUUCCUGAGGUUCUGCAAAUCAGUGAUAUACUUGAAUAUAAUGGAGCAUGUAAUGAUCAGAGUGUGGCCAUUCUGUUGGUGUUCCUUGCAUCACAACUGGUUAUGAAGAAAAAUAUGGAUCAGUUGAAUUUCCAUAAAUUCUUAGGUUGUGAUUGUAAAAGUCUAGAGAGAAAACAUUUCUGUCAGGAGCGGUGCUCUGUCAGUUCUGCGGAAGUACAAAAUCAAGAGACGGAUUGGCACAGUGCCAAAGAUGCCGUCAAAAAGUUUAAGGCCAUCCAGGCUUGGUGGCAAAAUAUGGUUGAACAAAACUACAAAAAUGUUGCAAAAGCAGCUCCUCCUUCACCACGCUUAUCAACAGUCAAAGACAUUAUUAGCAUUCACAGAGAAGAUGCAGCAAAAGUGAUACAAUCUCAUUUCAGAAGAUUGAUUGAACGUCGCUAUUUCUUAAAGAUGGUGAACGCUGCUUCUUUUUUGCAAAUUGUAAUCCGAGCUUGGUUAACUGUGAGAAAUAAAUCCACUUGUAUAAAUUUUGACACUGUUCGAGCUGAGAAGUUAUCAAGUGGAAGAUGGAAACAAACAAAAAUAGGGAACAGAUAUUUGACAUUCAUUGCUGAUAGGCACAGUUUUAUCAAGUUGAAGAGGUCAGUGUUACUUAUCCAGCGAGUGACAAGGACUUGGAUCAAUCGAAGACAUCUUGGUGGGAGUAUUCUAAUUGAUGAUGAGUCCACUCUUGAUAUGGUCAAUGCUUCUGUUGUUGUAGAGAAAUCUGGUUGUGGAUUCAUUCAUGGGGUUGCUUUAGAGAAAAGUUCAAACUUGUGUGAAGAAAAGAGAGCAAAUGAUCUUCAAGCAAAAGCUGUGAUUAAAAUUCAGCUUGCUUGGAAGAAUUUUAUCAUCUGCAGAUCUCUCUGCAAUCAGCACUCUGCUGCAACUAAAAUUCGGAGUCAUUUCCUUGGUUGGCUCUCGAGAAGAAGAUUUCUAAGUCAAAGACAAGCAUCAGUAAAAAUACAAAGUAAUAUCCGCAUGAAAAGAUGUUGGAGGGCUUACCAACAAUACAAAAUUGUCUGCAAUCAGCACUCUGCUGCAACUAAAAUUCGGAGUCAUUUCCUUGGUUGGCUCUCGAGAAGAAGAUUUCUAAGUCAAAGGCAAGCAUCAGUAAAAAUACAAAGUAAUAUCCGCAUGAAAAGAUGUUGGAGGGCUUACCAACAAUACAAAAUUGUCUGCAAUCAGCACUCUGCUGCAACUAAAAUUCGGAGUCAUUUCCUUGGUUGGCUCUCGAGAAGAAGAUUUCUAAAUCAAAGGCAAGCAUCAGUAAAAAUACAAAGUAAUAUCCGCAUGAAAAGAUGUUGGAGGGCUUACCAACAAUACAAAAUUGACAACUCAGCCACCGUUAUUCAAUCUUUUGUACGCGGAUGGAUUGUUCGGAGAGGAGCUUGUAGACGCAAGCAUCUCAUUGUUGCAAUCCAAAGACAUUGCCGUGGUUGGUUAAUAAGAAGAGACUUCUUGUUCAAAAGAGAGGCUGUUACAAAGAUACAAAGUGCUAUUCGAUAUGUGAUAUGCUGGAAUACAUUUCGGUGUCAGAGACAUGCUGCACUUGAGAUUCAACGGUUUGUCAGGGGGCACAUUACUCGGAAAAGGCUCUUAGGGGCUUGUAGCAUGCGUGCCGUCAGUCCUAGUGGCUGCUUGUUAAAGAGUUCAAGAUGGUGUCUCAAGAGUAUUGAACUGGAAAUGUUUUUAUGCUCAGUUGUGAAGCUGCAAAAGUGGUGGAAGAGUGUUUUGUUUCUGAAAUUAAGAACAGAAGCUGCUGUCAUUAUUCAGUCUCAUUUUCGUGCAUGGCUUGCCAGGCAAAUUGCUGCUAGAGAGAAGCAUCGUAUUGUUGUGGUCCAAUCUUACUGGAAAGGUUAUCUUGCUCGUAAAGAGCUAAGAGGGCAGCUUCUUGAUUUGCGUGUCAGAGUGCAGAAGUCUUCUACAAAUGUGGAUGACAGUCAGCGUAUCAUAAACAGACUUCUGGCAGCACUUUCAGAACUGCUUAACAUGAAAAGUGUCAGCGGCAUUCUUCAUACUUGUGCAACUCUAGAUAUGGCUACUGAACACUCUCAGAAGUGUUGUGAAGAACUUGUGUCCGCGGGAGCAAUUGACACCUUGCUGAAGCUUAUUCGUUCGGUCAGCAGAAGCAUACCAGAUCAAGAGGUUCUAAAGCAUGCUCUCUUAACUCUCCGAAACCUUGCCUGCCAUCCACAUCUGGUUGAAGCGCUAAUUGAUAGUCAUGGAUCUGUAGAAAUCAUUCUCUGGGAAUUCCUAAGGAGCAAGGACGAAGGAUUUUUCAUUGCUUCCGAGCUUUUGAAGAAGAUAUGUUCAACUCACAAAGGUGUUGAAGCCAUUCGCAAGUUGCCAACCCAUUUAAAAAGGCUUCAGAGUCUGGUUGAGGAACUUACAAGGAAAGCAAGCCACGAGAAGAGGAAUACACGAGGUCCAGCUGCAAGAGAAAACGUAGAGAGAAGAUUAAGAGAGGCUAUCCAAGUAGUAAAAGUGGCAGCAAAUGGUCCAGUUUAGCAAAUGAUGCUUGCAGUGCAAAGAGACAUAUCUUAUGUUAGGAAUAUAGCUGUGUAUACUUGCCAUUGAAAUUUCACGUUCGUUUAGUGCGAUAGGGAACUUGACUGUCUUGGCGAGAUUUGAUUGUUUUGUGGUUGUCAGGAUCUAUGCUGCGUGCAUGAUCAGUGCACGGUCUUAUGGUGGGAGAUUUUAGGAAACUGUUGUAAUCAGUGCCUGCUCUGUACCUUGAUUUGAUAGAUGAUUUUUUGGAAGAAGUUCGUAACAUGUCUGUCAGAUUUAAGCUGCCA